CUUGCGCAGGCGCAGUGCAGUCUGAGCCUUAGCCGCGGAUGUGCAGUGUCUGAAACAUGGCGGAGUUGGUACCUUUUGCGGUUCCCACCGGGAAUGACAAAACCUUACUGGUGUGGGAGCUGAGCCCUGGACCCACGGCUGAGGCCUUGCAUCAUUCUCUGUUCACAGUAUUCUCCCAGUUUGGUCUUCUGUAUUCGGUCCGAGUCUUCCCAAACGCUGCAGUGGCCCGUCCUGGUUUCUACGCCAUCAUCAAGUUUUAUUCGGCAAGGGAUGCCCACAGAGCCCAAAAGGCAUGUGACCAGGAGCAGCUUUUUCAAAAAUCUCCAGUGAAGGUUCAUCUGGGCGCCAGACACAAGGCAAUUCAACAUCAGGCCCUUGCUCUAAACAGCUCCCGAUGCCAAGAAUUGGCAAAUUACUACUUUGGUUUCAAUGGAUGGUCAAAAAGGAUCAUCAAGCUUCAGGAUCUUUCUGACCUUGAAGGAACAGAUAAUGAAGAUACUGUUGCACCACUGCAGAAGCAAAGCCUGAAGUUCUUCUGUGCUUUAGAGGUGGUAUUGCCAUUCUAUGAGUGCAGGAGUCCUGGAGUUGGUGUGGCUGAGGAGCCUUUGGAUAAGCUGGAGGAAGGGCCCUUAUCAUUGCUUAUGAGAAGGAAGACAAUCCAGAAGCUUGCUAUUCAGAAGGCUGUGUCAGAUGCAUUCCAGAAACUGUUGAUUGUGGUUUUAGAAAGUGGUAAAAUAGCUGUGGAAUAUAGAUCCUGUGAGGAGAUCACAGAUGUCAGAAUCGCAGAGGACCUGCAGGAUUUAAUUCAGGUGAGCUCCUUCUCUUGGAAGCAGUAUGGCCAAGGGGAGGAAGAAUGUCUCUCAGAUUUCAGCCUUGAGAAGGAAGAGUUCAGACUGCUGGGACUGGAAGAGCACUUUUGAAUUUCCCAGGAUGCCAGACUUGGUGGCUUCCUUGGGAAGCUCGGAACCUACUCCACCCUGACCCCUCUCUUAACCACCCCACCACCACCCCUGGGCUGCCAGAAUCCAGGGCCACCCAGAGUGCAGCCUAAAUCCUGUCUCUCUGAGUGGGAAGGGGGUUCUGGCAGGAGGUAUUUGUAGCUUUGCAAGGUGAGGGGAGGCUUGGACCCCCAUGAUCCUGGGAAAGGGCUUGCCCAGGUGGUGCAGAGCCUAUCUCAGCACUAUCCUAAUAAAGGUGGUGUAAAUAAACGUGUCAUAAAUAAAUGGUGGGGUGUAGGCAGGGGAGGGGUGCACAGUUGCUAAGGAUGCAUGAGUGUUAGGGAGCUGUCGUAAUGGUUCUGCUCUGGCUCAGGGUGCUGCACUGGUGCCCUACUGGCCUGGGCCGCUGCGCCCUGGAGCCUUUGCAUGCCCUGUCCUUGCUGUGCUUCUGGGCCCCAUGGCUUCUCCUUAUGUGGCAACCAUUGUGGCUGCUGGUCCAGGUAGCUUAGCCUCUGGAGUGGGCCCUGGACCCUGUGCAGCUGACUUCUGACCCCCCAGGACCAACUGAGUCCUGGUCUUUGCAUUCCUCUAAUCUCCCUCCUGAAUCACCCCAUGCGCUUACUCCCCCAGCAUUGCCUGGGGCCCUCUGCUUCAGCCCAGAUGCUGGGGCCACAUCAAGAACUGACCUAUACUCUGGGUCCUUUCCUGGACUCGGAUUCAGCUGCAGAGCUGCGCCCAGGACCAGAGCAGUUUGCUAUUCUGCUUUGGGACCUGAAGGAUGAGCUAACCCAGCAUCAGGGUCUCCCAGAGGUGGUUCUGGUGGUAAGUUGGGAUCAGAAUCAGGUCCCAGGUCUGCCUCCUUGAAUCAAAACUAAGUCUAAAACUAAGUGUAGAUCAGGCCGAAGAUCAGUCAUUUGAAAUACUUGUUUCACCUCUAGGUAGUCAUAGUUCAAAACCAGCAAGGUUUACUUUUUCACUUCCAAACCUGAAGAAAGAUCCAGCUCAGCGUUGGUAGCUUACCAAAGUUCUUACUGGAACUCCAAGCCAAUUUGCAAGAAAAUGUCUAGAACAACAGUUGCAGGAUGAUUAUUUAUUUCCCAAUAUGGGUAUCUUCUAUCCUGAGGAGAAGCUACCUAUAGAAUUUCUGGGGGGCCCACAUCAACCUCCAGAGGCCCCUGAGGAGGUUGAACCUUUCUCCAAGAAAAGUGUCCCCACUCAUCAUGGACAGAAAAUUGAGGAGGCUGAAUCUUCAUCCAGGUGGAUUCCCAGGAUUGGCAUCCGGAGCCCCUGAAGAGACAGAUCCCCCCCACGUCAGCAGGAGGCUUCAUCUCACCCUCCCGAGUCCCCUAAGGAAGGUUCUGCAAACCCACAGGAGGCCCUAGCUGAGCCUUCAAACACUGCUGAGGAGGCUGAGCCUCCAGACCUGGAGGAAGCCCCAGCUCAGCCUCCAGAGUCACCUAAGGAGGCUGCAGCUCCACCAUUAGCUCAACAUGAGGUAAACAUUCCAUCUCCAAGUCAAAAUGAAGCUCGGCAGCCAACUUGCACCCUGUCACCGUGCAACCUGUGGAGCUGGUAGUUACCCUAUCUCCAGAGGUCACUGAUGAGGUUGACCUUUCUCUAGCCCAGCAAGAGGCCCUGGCUCAGCCUCUAGAGAGCCCUGAAGAGACCGAGCCUCCUCCAAUCCAGCAGGAGGUCCCCGCUCAGCCUGCAACAGCCCCCUGAGGAAGUUGAACCUUUCCCAGUUCAGUUUGCAGCCCCAACUCAAGCUCCAGAGUUCCCAGAUGAGGACAUAACUCCAAUUCCAGCGAGUGAUGAGCUGGGAGCUGGACCUGUGGAUUGGCAUUGAGCUCAUUCAGACUUGCCCAGUGUUAUAUUUCACCCUGUGGAUGCAGAGCUUACCGUAACUCCAGAGCCUGCUGUUGAAUCUCCAACAUCCCGCAGGAGGCCCCGCCUCCUGAGGAGGCAGACAGUCUCCAACUCAGCGAGAGACCUCAGCCUAGCCUCCAGAGCCCCUUGCAGAGGCUGAGCCUUCUCCAAGUGAACAGGAACCACCAGUUCAGCCUUCCAAGCCUAAUGGGGAAGCUGAACCUCCAGCCCAGGAGGAGGCCUCAGCUCAGCCUCCAGGGCCCCUUAGUGAGACAGAAUCUCCAACCCAGCAGGAGACCCCAGCUUAUUCUCCAGGGGAGGUAGAACCACCUGCAGUCCUGCAGGAGCAACCAGCUGAGCCUCCAGAGCCUUUUUCCGGGGAGAUGGAACCUUUUCCAAUGCAGCAGGAACACCCAGCUCAGCCUCCAGGUUCACCUCUGGAUCCCCGUCCUGCUCAGCAUUUAUAGACCUCUCAAUGCCACUUGCAAGAAAAACAUGGCAUAGAUGCUACAUAACAAGGAUUCUUCUGAUGAGGAGGAGAUUUUCAACAAGAAUGGAGGGUAAAAGAUUAGGGAUAAUUUAAAAUUCUUAUCUAAGAUGAAGAAAUAACAGAAAGUUUAAUAAUUCCUUUCAAGAGUAAAAGCCUUGGCAUUCUCGUCCCAGGGAGCUUGGUGAAGCCCCAACAGACAAGGUUCUGACUUGAGGGUUGGCUGCUGAAGAGCUUGGGGUGGAGAGUGAGCCCCAGCCCACUCUGGGCCACCUACGACUUUUAUUUUCUAAUAUUGGCUUCUCAGCAUUGCUUGUAAAAUACUUUUCUCUUAUUAAAAUGAAUAAAUGCAUAACCAAUUCUA